AUGAAAAUGGUGGGGGCUGAGUUCAGAGGUGGCGGUGGAGGUUGGAGAGCCAUGAAGAGCUUCGGCUUGCAUGUGCUCCUUGGUAGAUGGUUCAUGGCCUUCGCAUCGUUGUUAAUCAUGUCUAUCUCAGGUUCAACGUACAUAUUUAGCGUAUAUUCCAACGACAUAAAAUCAACCCUAGGCUAUGACCAAACAUCGCUCAACUUGAUCAGCUUCUUCAAAGACUUGGGUAGCAACGUUGGAGUCCUAUCUGGGCUUAUCAACGAGAUCACACCCCCAUGGGUGGUCCUCUUAAUUGGGGCAGUCAUGAACUUGUUUGGCUACCUCAUGAUAUGGUGUAGUGUCACUGGCCGUGUUGCCAAACCCAAGCUAUGGCAAAUGUGUUUAUAUAUAUGCAUCGGUGCAAACUCACAAGCAUUUGCAAAUACUGGAGCUUUAGUCACUUCCGUUAUGAACUUCCCCGAAAACCGUGGCAGUGUUAUAGGCCUUCUGAAGAGUUUUGUUGGUAUAAGUGGUGCUAUUCUGACACAACUCUACUAUGCUAUUUAUGUGGAUAACUCAAAGGCUCUGAUUUUGCUAAUUGCUUGGCUUCCGGCAGCUGUUUCCAUUGUCUUUCUUCGAACGGUUCGGAUUAUAAAGACAGCUAGAAAAUCCAACGAGCUCAAAGUUUUCAACAACUUCCUAUAUAUUUCACUUGGCCUUGCCGGGUUUCUCAUGAUUUUGAUUAUCAUACAAAACAGUUUCAAGUUUAAUAGAAUUGAAUAUGAUGGAAGUGCUUGUGUUGUUGUUAUUUUACUAUUUCUCCCACUUGUAAUAGUUUUGAAAGAAGAAUUCAAACUUUGGGGGAGAAAGGAGCACCCCAAAGAUGAUCCUGUACAAGUGGAAGUAAUAGCUGAAAAUCCACAAAUAUUGGAGGAACCUGUACUGCCCCCAAUUGAAGCACAAGCAAGUGAAAGGAAGCCAGAUUCUUGCUUUAGCAACAUAUUCAAGCCCCCAGAUAGAGGUGAAGACUACACAAUAUUACAAGCACUAUUCAGCAUCGACAUGUUAAUUUUGUUUGUAGCCACAACUUGUGGUGUUGGCGGGACUUUAACAGCCGUUGACAACUUGGGUCAGAUUGGUAAGUCACUAGGUUAUCCAACUCACAGCAUCGCAACCUUUGUAUCACUCGUGAGCAUUUGGAAUUACCUAGGACGAGCUAUGUCUGGCUUUGCUUCUGAAAUCUUCUUAGUCAAAUACAAAUUCCCUCGUACCCUAGUGCUUUCAUUUGUCCUUCUUUUCUCCUGUGUUGGCCAUCUCUUAAUCGCCUUUCCAGCCCCAUACUCUAUUUAUUUUGCUUCAGUGAUUAUUGGGUUCUGCUUUGGUGCACAAUGGCCUUUAGUAUUUGCAAUCAUAUCUGAGAUCUUUGGCCUCAAGUACUAUUCCACUUUGUACAAUUUUGGUGGGGUUGCAAGCCCAGUUGGGUCUUACAUUCUCAAUGUGAUAGUGGCUGGUCAUUUAUAUGAUAAGGAGGCUUUGAAGCAACUAGAAGCUCUAGGUCUCACAAGGAAGACAGGUCAGCAAUUAACAUGCACAGGCACUCACUGUUACAGGAUGGCUUUUAUUAUAAUAACAGCGGUAACGUUGUUUGGGUUCUUUAUUUCUAUUAUUUUGGUUCUUAGGACGAGAAAAUUUUACAAAGGUGAUAUCUACAAGAAGUUCAGAGAGGAACCAAAGGCAGUAGCUAGUGAAAUGGCCUCUAGGGAAGAUGACACAGUACUGAUGAGAGAAAGAGAAGGUGGAGCCAAUUUCAUUGCCUCAUCUGAUGCUGCCUCUUGCAGUAAUACCACCAACACCAGCAGCACCAUCCAUCAUUAAAUCAUAAGCUGGACUAGUGCUGAUUGAUUGUUUGUAUGAUGUA